AUGGAGCAACAACUUCUGUCGCUCCUGGCAGACACUCAGUCCCCCGGGGCGGAUACGCGAAAGGCCGCGGAGCUUCAAUUACAGAACCUGUACUCCAAUGAAUCCUUCCCAAUCUCUCUCACAGCUAUUGCCUCCCACGAGUCGGUCCCCGUCAAUCUCCGCCAGUCGUCUCUAUCCGUACUGCGUACCUUUAUUGCCGACACCUGGUCCCCCAACCUUGACGAAUUCAAGGGUCAGAUUUUCGUGAACGAUGCAAACAAGGCACAGAUCAGACGGGCACUGCUCGAGCUUGCUACUACCGCCGAGACCCCGGAGCGGAAGGUGAAAUCCUCUGCUAGUUAUGCGGUUAGCAAGAUUGCCAGUGCCGAUUUCCCUGACGACUGGCCGGAAUUACUUCCCUCGCUGCUGCACAUCAUCAACGACCCCGCCGCUACUGACAGCGCGUUACAUGGCGCCCUCAAGGUCCUGUUGGAUCUGGUCGAUACAGGAUUUGGCGAAGAGCAGUUUUUCAGUGUUGCUCGUGACUUGGUCUCAGCUCUGUUCGCUGUAGCUACCUCCGAAUCCCGGCGCCCGAUGCUGCGAGCUUUGUCGGUCGCGGCUUUCCGGUCUUGCUUUGAUACAUUAGAGAUGGUUCUGGAGCAGCACAAGGUUGCUAUCAAGGAAUUUGUAGAUGAGGUUCUAAGUGGAUGGUCGCCAUUCUUCGUUGAGACCUUAAAGGCACCACUGCCUCAACCACCAAGUGAGGAAGAGGCCAACAAGGAAGGCGAAGUUGCCUCGCAGUGGCGCGGCAUCAUUGGUCUGAAGCUUCAAAUCGUCAAGACCAUUAUGAAGAUCCGCAUGGUGUUCCCAGGUCUUUUGACCCCUCAGAGCCCGAACUACUUUUCGACUAUUUGGUCAGAACUCACAAAUGCUUUGCCUCUCUAUCAAAACUUCUUCAUCGAGGAUGAGCGCCAAGCCCGUUUGGAAGAUGCCGAUGGACUUCCUUACUCUCUUGAUUUCCUUGUUCUCGAAGAGUUGGACCUAAUUCAGACCUUGCUGAAGGCUCCCCCUGUUAAGGCCGAACUACAACAGCAACUUCAGAACGCCGGGGCCGCCGCCAGCUCCUCUGGCUGGUUGCCUGAGAUCAUGAAGCUCGCUAGCUCUUACGCUCAGAUCACCUCAGAAGAAGAGGGUCUUUGGGAAAUUGAUGUGAAUCUGUUCCUUUCGGAGGAGACCUCCGUCACUGCCAAUUACACCCCCCGAACAUGCAGUGGUGAUCUGGUCGUUAAAACAGGAGAGUGGUUGAAUACGAAAGUAGCAGAAGGCCUUCUGACUCACUUGAACGCGCUCUUUGCUGAUCCGACGUCUUCUUGGAAAUCUCGCGAGGCCGCCCUUUACAUUCUCAAUGUCUUGCUGCGCGAUUUCGCUGAGACGGAUCAGCAGAUCUCCCCGGAAUUGGCCACUCAUUUCAACCAGUUUGUGAACUACGCAACUCAGCAGGAGCAAGAGCUUUUGCGCGCACGAGGCUACCUUGUGGCCGGUUCUCUUGCCAGAGUUGCAGGCAAUGCCUUCCAGCAGACUACAACUUCCUACUUGGAGGCUACAUUGAAGGCUAUCUCUGAGGAUCCCUCGGAGGUCGUACAGGUUGCCAGCAUUCGAGUAUUGCAAGACUUGAUGCCGUCACUGCCUGCUUCCGUGUCUCGUCCGUUCCAGGUGACUGUUAUCUCCGCCGUCUCGGAGUUUAUCUCUGCACACGACCUGCGCGAAGAUGUCGAGGGUGAUGAUCUCAAGGUCACACUGGCAGAAACCGUCCGUGAAAUCAUCAUGGUAGACCCAGCUGUGGUCUUGUCAUCAGUUGCCAUCGACGUUCUCUUCAACAUCGCCAGUAGCGGGGCCGAGAACUUCCAGUUGACCAUGACCGUAACGGAGGCCUUUGAGGACAUUGUGGAUCGGAUUUCCGAGCAUGGUGCCGAGGCAUACAUGCAACUUUGCGAGAAGGUGUUGCCUUCACUCAUGGGUGCCAUUGAUGUUGGUAACCUUACUGAGGAAAAUGCCUUGACCAACUUCGCGGCGGACCUGCUCCGAGCUCUGGCCGAGAAAAGUCCAGAGCCUAUGCCUGCUGGAUUUGUGGAAACAGUGAUGCCCAAGCUGAACCGCCUUCUUUUGGGCUCCGAUGAGGGCGAGCUCAUCAGACCCGCAACUGAGGCUGUUCGCCAUAUGCUUUCCCACGACUUUGCGCAGAUCAUCUCAUGGAGGGAUCCUCAGUCCGGAAAGGAGGCGAUUGAGGUUGUGCUAGUGAUCAUUGACCGGUUAUUGGGACCAACAGUGGACGACAACGCUGCUACUGAAGUCGGCCAGCUUGCUGCGGAGUUAGUUGAACGGGCUGGAUCGGAGCGCCUCGGUCCUUACUUGCCCCAGCUUCUCCAAGCUGUCGCCCAGCGCCUUGCAACUGCACGACAGGCCCAGUUCAUUCAAAGUUUAAUUCUGGUUUUCGCCCGAUUGACCCUGAUCAGUGCCCGUGAGGUGGUCGACUUCCUUGCUCAGAUCAACCUGAAUGGCUCCAGCGGCCUCGUGGUGGUUCUCAGCAAGUGGUUGGAGAACUCGGUUAAUUUCGCGGGUUACGAUGAGAUCAAGCAGAACAUCUUCGCGCUGGCGCAUCUGUAUGAGCUCUCCGACCCACGAUUGGCCGAGGUCCCUGUCAAGGGUGACCUGAUCAUCCAGGAGACCGGCCGCAUCAAGACACGCUCGCAGGCUCGUCAGAACCCCGACCGUUUCACAACCGUCUCGGCGCCCUUGAAGAUUAUCAAGGUCCUCGUAGAAGAGCUGGGAGCGGCUUCAGGUAAUGCAGACAUCGAUAGUGAGGCUGCUCGCCGCCAGCUCGACGAUGUUGACAGUGAUGAUGGCGAUGAUGAUUGGGAGGAUGAGCCUGGUCAGGUCUUGGACCUUGCUGGGGUGAAGGGGGGCUCUGAGAGUGUGUUCGGGGUGCGACGCCGAGACGACCAAACCCAGGCAUUCCUUGCUGACUUCUUCCGUCGCGCAUCUACUCAACCUGGAUUCCAGGAGGUGUAUGCAUCCUUGACACCGAAUGAGCAGGCUAAGCUGCAGAGCUUAGGUUGA